AUGCCAUCUCUCGCAUCACAACCACAAGAAGCGACCAACUUACUACGCACUGCAGCACCAGACGCUACCAACAACGAUAUACAACAAAACCAAUCCGCCAAAAACAGGAUCAACCACCCCAAGACCAACGGCAUCAACACCUCCCUCCCAUCACGAAGCCCUACGCCACAACGCCAGCUCUACAUCCCCCACCCAGACGACGCCCUCCUCGAUCCAGGCACAGCUCGCGUCAAUCUCGCCGUCUUCAACGAGACACCAAACGGCACACCCUCCUGGCGCGAGAAGCACGCUCACCAAACCGUCCUCCAGCAACACUGCAGCUAUUGGGACCCCGAUGCAGAUGGAAUCAUCUGGCCCUUAGAUAUCUACCGCGGCUGCGCAGCUUGGGGCUGGCACCCUCUCCUGUGCCUUCUCGUCACCAUCAUCAUAGCGGGCAGUAUGUCGUACCCGACAUUACCUGCUGGCCGCUACCUCCCUGAUCUGUGGUUUCGGAUAUAUCUGAACAACAUACACAAAUGCAAACACGGUAGCGAUAGCAACACUUAUGACCAGGAAGGACGCUUCAGGCCGCAGCAAUUCGAGGAUUUCUUCGCGAAGUAUGAUGCUGGCAGUAAGCGUGGCGUUGAUCUCUACGAUCUUGCCAGAGCGCAUAAAGGGCAGAGGUUGUUGUGCGAUCCGUUUGGGUGGACUGCGAGUAUGCUCGAGUGGUUGGCGCUGUAUCUAUUGAUCUGGCCGAAAGAUGGCAUUUUGAGCAAGGAUGAUUGCAGAGCGAGUUAUGAUGGCAGUAUUUACCAGAGGAAGGCAGAUGAGUUUGCUGCGAAGAGAAUCAGGUAA